CAGGGCUUCCACUCCCAGGGAGGCAGUGGCGGAAGACCGGGACAGGGAGCAUCUGGAUCAUUUUCGAGCAGUUUCCAGUCUACCGGUGUCCCCGCCAGUUCUGGAAACGGCAUUGCUGGCCAGGGUUUCCAGUCACAGGGAGUUAGUGGAGGAAGACCAGGACAGGGCGGAUUUGGAGCCGGAGGCCAGUUCGGCUCUGGAAAGGGUGUCACUGGCCAGGGCUUCCAGUCCCAGGGAGGCAGUGGCGGAAGACCGGGACAAGGUGGAUUUGGAGCCGGAGGCCAGUUCGGCGCUGGAAAGGGCGUCACUGGCCAGGGCUUCCAGUCCCAGGGACCUGGCGGCGGAGGAAGAGGUCAGCAGACGGGCUUCCGUCCCUCGGGCAGCGGAUCCUUCGGCCAGGCUGGUGCUGGCAACCAAAUCCUGCUGCUGAACACCAACCCGGGCCUCGGCGGCUCGGGCCCGCUGGGACAUCAGCUGGGUACCUGCUCCGCCUCGCUCGUCUGCGUACCCGUCGCCAUGUGCAACCCCUACACGGGCUUCGUGCGCGGUGGGCUGCGCUUUGAGCCGGAAGAGCCGACCCUGCAGCCCACUGUAGCACUCGACCGCUGCAGCGAGCUCAAGGACGGCGGCGUCGGUGACGGCGUCUGCUGCCAGAUGCCGCACAUCAACGACCCCUGGCCGCGUCAGUGAAGCGGCCCACACAGCGGCAUCAGUGUUGCACUGUUCCUAAGGCAGAGGCCAAGCCUUUGCAUGGCGGAUCACAACACUGAUCUUGCCAAUGCUGGGCAUUUAACAAGCAACUGAUUGUUCAGUGAGCUGUAACGUUGCUUCUGUUGGUUUUUGUGUAGUAUGCACUGUGGGUGAUUUCAUUCCUGCGCUGGCAACAGGUACUGAUGAUCUACAAAUCACUUCGCCGCUCAUCGAGCUUCAGCAUUUGUGGUGCAACGUCUUGUUGGUUUGCAUAUUUAUUUACCUCCUGGGUCCUUCUCAUGAGCUUAAUUCCAUGUUAUAUGCACCAAUAUGUGAUGUGCAAUGGUGAAUAAACGAUAUGUACC